CGGAAAACGUCUUACCACCAAGGAGUUCUUGUCUGUGUUUAGGAAAAGACUUAAGAAGGACCGCAAUAAGGAUAUCAUUACCGGUCUUCUGAAGAAGGUUGCACGACAUGUCGAUUCUGGUAAUCCAAAGGAGAAAUUGCUUGAACUCAAACCGGACUAUCAAUGAGUAAUUUACCCCAGUUGGCUCACUGUCUGCGCAAUUACCCCCCAUCCAUCUCGCAAGUUACCAUACUCGAAGAUUUCCGUUUUUUUUUUGUACAUUUUUUUUUCUUUCUAGCUGUAUGCCUUUCAUACAUCCGUUUUUUUUUUUACCAUCCAAUACAAUAGUUUCCAGCUUGGAUGCAGUUUCAAAGUAACUGAUUU